UCCACAUCUUGCUCCAGUUCUGUACACGCGUACGAAACCGAACCUCUCGGCAGCUCGCCGUGCUGCCACCGCUCCGGUCUUCCCCACUUCCGCUUUCGCGCUGCCCCGCUCCGUCCCUGUCCAUUUAUAGCCUCCUCGAAAGCGCGCCAGGGCCUAGUGAGUGUAGUGCUAAGCAACGUCACUUCCAUUCCAUGGCCGCUGGUCUCUCGGGCGCCCCCAUGACCGGCUUCGCCGCCGUCAAGAACCCGCUCCUCGCCGCGCGCUGCCGGACGCUGCCUCCCCGCCCGCUCCCGUUCUCGCCCUUCACGCGGACGCCGCGCAGGCGCGGGCUCGAGACCGUCACGUGCUUCGUGCCGCAGGUAGGGCAGGCGCCCGCUCCGGAGCCGGCGACGGUACCGGUGCCCGUGCCGAUGCCGUCGCCUUCGCUGGAGGAGGAGGCGGCGCUCGCGGCGUCGCGCCGCGUGGCGGAGAGGAAGGCGCGGAAGCAGUCGGAGCGGCGGACGUACCUGGUGGCCGCCAUCAUGUCCAGCCUCGGCGUCACCUCCAUGGCCAUAGCCUCCGUGUACUAUCGUUUCGCCUGGCAAAUGGAGGGCGGCGAGGUGCCGAUGACCGAGAUGCUGGGCACGUUCGCGCUCUCCGUCGGAGCAGCGGUCGGGAUGGAGUUCUGGGCGCAGUGGGCGCACAAGGCGCUGUGGCACUCGUCGCUGUGGCACAUGCACGAGUCGCACCACCGGCCGCGCGACGGGCCCUUCGAGCUCAACGACGUCUUCGCCAUCAUCAACGCCGUGCCGGCCAUAGCCCUCCUCGCCUUCGGCUUCUUCCACCGCGGCUUCGUCCCAGGACUCUGCUUCGGCGCGGGCCUCGGGAUUACGCUUUUCGGCAUGGCGUACAUGUUCGUCCACGACGGCCUGGUCCACCGCCGGUUCCCCGUCGGCCCCAUCGCCAAUGUGCCCUACUUCCGGCGAGUGGCUGCGGCUCACAAGAUACACCACAUGGACAAGUUCGAGGGCGUACCGUAUGGGCUCUUCCUGGGACCCAAGGAGCUGGAGGACGUUGGUGGCCUAGACGAGCUGGAGCAGGAGCUCGCCAGAAUCAACCGGACUCGGAGUAUUUGAGCUCUGGACAUGAUCGAUCUAGGAAGAGGAGAGCUCCGUUCGACGAUUCUUGUUAUUCUUGGUGGAUGCUCAUUGAUUUAAUUGAUGGUACUGGAGAUGGGGAGUCCAGAGCAAGCAGCAAUCUGAUGAUCAGGUGGUGUUGUACUCCCCUAUUAGUUGGCUGUACGGGGCGAAGAUGUGCCUACACAAAUUAUAGAAAGAAGAAGAAGCACAGUUGGUACACGAGGUUCUGUGUGCCAUGAUUUUUUCUGCCUUCGCGGCUUCACCGCGUCCACAUUUUUGUUUUGUGGAGACCCAGCUCCUUGUCUUUGUUCAGUACUCCUGUGUAUAACAUGUAGAGAAGGUUGUGAACCACUUCAAUGAAAGUAAAGUUGGCGGUC